AUGGCUCCGGCUGCUUUCUCCUGCACGGUUCAUCCUUUCGAUUCCCGAACCUCUCACUCUAGCGCAUAUGAGAUCGGCCCACCUAGAGCAUCAAAUGCCAUCCUCUUCAUAGGAGGCCUCGCCGAUGGGCCACAUACCGUGGGUUACACCAACGCCAUAGCCAAGCACCUAGAGGAAGCGGCACGGGAUUGGUCCGUGUUCGAGAUCCGUAUGAGAAGCUCUUUUUCUGGCUACGGGUUCUCGAGCUUGAAGAACGAUGUUGAGGACAUCUCGGCUCUGGUGAGGUAUCUCCGAGGUAUCGGAAAGAAGAAGAUUGUCCUGAUGGGCCACUCAACUGGAUGCCAGGAUUGCAUGGAGUAUACUAAGCACUUGGAGGAUCCUGUCGACGGCUUCAUCAUGCAAGGCCCUGCAUCUGACCGGGAGAGUAUUGAGGACUUUGUCAAGCCUGAGUGGUUGAAGAGGAGCCUAAAGCACGCAGAGGCUCUGAUCGCCGAAGGAAAAGAGGGUGAAAUGAUGCCUAAAGAUCUAGUACCAAGCUUCUUCUCGACCCCAAUGACGGCUUACCGUUGGCACUCUCUGGCAGCAAAGGGGGGCGAUGAUGAUUACUUUUCAUCCGAUCUCGAAGGACCGUUUGUCUCCGAAGUCUGGCAUUGUUUCCAGCAGCCCGUCAUGGUCCUGCACUCUGCAGAGGAUGAGUUUGUCCCGGCCAAGAUCGACAAACAAGCUCUGAUAGACAUGUGGAAGGAGACAAGCCCCAAAGUCAAUGAGCUGUCCGGCUUGAUUCCUGGAGCAAGCCACACUGUAAAGAAUCCCGAGAGCCAACAGUGGCUUGCAGAGCGUGUGGCUCAGUUCAUUAAGCAAAUAUGA